AUGCCUGAAGCCGUAGCGGCUGCAAACGUGUCUAAAAACAAAGGAGGCGCGUAUGUGGACCGGGACAAACCCGCCCAGAUCCGCUUCAGCAACAUCAGCGCCGGGAAAGCUCUUCUUGAUGCCUGCGCUAAACUGCUACAGAAAGGACUCCACCCGACCAUCAUUUCCGAGUCCUUCCAGAAAGCCGUAGAUAAAGGUGUGGAGAUCCUGACGUCCAUCAGUCAGCCGGUGCAGCUCAGCGACAGAGAGACUCUUCUGAACAGUGCCACCACCUCGCUCUGCUCUAAGGUGGUGUCCCAAUACUCCAGCCUGCUCGCACCCAUGAGCGUCGACGCAGUCAUGAAGGUCAUCGACCCCGCCACCGCCACCAGCGUAGAUCUCCACGAUAUCCACAUCGUCAAGAAACUCGGAGGGACCAUUGAUGACUGUGAGCUGGUGGAUGGUCUGGUGUUGACUCAGAGGGUGGUGAACACUGGAGUGUCCCGUGUGGAGAAGGCCAAAAUCGGCCUCAUCCAGUUCUGCCUGUCCCCUCCUAAAACUGAUAUGGACAAUCAGAUUGUGGUGUCGGACUACGCUCAGAUGGACCGUGUGCUCCGUGAGGAGAGAGCUUACAUCCUUAAUCUGGUCAAACAGAUUAAGAAAGCCGGCUGCACUGUGCUGCUCAUCCAGAAAUCCAUCCUGAGAGAUGCGCUGAGUGAUCUGGCCCUUCACUUCCUGAAUAAGAUGAAGAUCAUGGUGAUUAAAGACAUUGAGAGGGAGGACAUUGAAUUCAUCUGCAAGACUCUUGGCACCAAACCUAUAGCUCAUAUUGACCAGUUCACUCCAGAGAUGCUGGGAACUGCAGAGCUAGCAGAAGAGGUUAACCUGGACGGAUCUGGCAAACUAGUGAAGAUCACAGGAUGUGUAAAUCCAGGAAAGAUGGUCAGUAUUGUCGUCCGUGGUUCCAACAAACUGGUGAUUGAGGAGGCAGAGCGAUCCAUCCACGACGCCCUCUGCGUCAUCCGCUGUAUGGUCAAGAAGAGGGCUCUGAUCGCUGGCGGCGGAGCACCAGAGAUUGAGCUGGCGCUGAGGUUGGCAGAAUAUGCCCGCAGUCUGGCCGGCAUGGAGGCGUACUGUGUGCGUGCGUACGCCGAUGCCCUGGAGAUCAUUCCCUCAACUCUGGCAGAGAACGCUGGUCUUAAUCCCAUCUCUACAGUCACGGAGCUGCGCAACAGACAUGCACAGGGAGAGAAAACGGCCGGGAUUAACGUCCGCAAGGGUGGGAUCUCUAAUAUCCUGGAGGAGCUGGUAGUUCAGCCUUUGCUGGUUUCCAUCAGCGCACUCACCCUCGCCACGGAAACGGUCCGCAGCGUCCUCAAGAUUGAUGAUCUCGUGAACACGCGAUAAAGUGAAUGUGAUUAGUGAAGGAAGAACCAGCCCCACGCUAGCACCCCGAUAAGACCAACUGAUCUGUCGCUGUCUGUUGCUGUUACCUGGAAUAAUUUAAUAAAACGUUUUUUUGACACAGUAA